ACAAAACUAUAUGUCAAAUUACUCUUCAUAAACGUCGCGUCAAAAUUACGCUACAUGUGUAAAAAAAUCUAAUAACAAUAUAAAUUAACAAAAAAAGGCACCAUGUGAGGAGAUAAUAACGUUGAAAGUAUGUUUAGUGUCAGAGGUUUCAUAACGGUGAUGUUGAGAAGCGCCUUCAUUGUCGCUUUUCUCAGCAUCCCGAGACCGGUUGUCGCUUUCACUGGUUUCAAACACUGGUCCAGAAAAGCGCUGUACCACAAGAUCGACCUCUGCACACAGUCCUGUUACAGUCAGAUAAUCCCGGGCCUUUACCUCAGCAAUGCCAGGGCAGCUGCGGACAAGGCUGUGCUCCGGUAUCUUAACAUCACCCAUGUGCUCACCAUUGAAACGCAUCGGCUGCCGAAAUCCACUUUUGAAAAUACCAAUAUUGACACGCUCUUCAUUAGGGCCUACGACAAUCCUCAAACCAAUCUCCUGCCCUACUUCCCUAUGGCCAAUGCCUUCAUCGAGGAAGGCCUGCAGAAAGGGAACGUGCUGGUCCACUGCCAUUUCGGAGUUUCCCGGUCCGCCACUCUGGUCAUUGCUUACCUUAUGAAGAGGUAUAAGCUGACUUUUGACCAGGCAUUCUCGUAUGUGCGACAGCGAAGAAGAUUCAUCAACCCUAAUCCAGGUUUCGUCAAUCAAUUGAAGGAGUACCAAAGAAUGAAGUAUGAUGUUAAUGGCUUCCAUAGGUUUGAGGCGUACAUGAAUGUAAAUGCAAGGAAACACAGAUACAAAAUAGCAUCUUUAGCGGCCGUCAUGGUUGGACUAUUGGUACCAAUUGUCGUGCUGGUACUCUUCUGGUUGAUAUUAGAUCUUUGGUACUAGUAAGACUAAUUUUGAAUUCAGUAGGCGUAUUGCAUUAGUAAGUGUCAGAAAAUAGUAUUUUGAAUGAAAAUUUUAAACAAUAA